UUUCCACCAGAGGCACGGCACGAAGGGGCAAACUUCGACACUGGAAGGGACCAGAAUAAAUACCUAAACCCCGAGCGCGACUUCUCUGCUGGGACCAGAGACCUGAACUGCGGGCUCCCGAGGUGUGGGACACGAUCAUCUAUUACUGAUAGAUAGAAGCUGCUUCUACUUGGGCGUAGCUGGAGAGGUGAGGAAACCACAUGGAAGACUCCCAGGACUUAAAUGAGCAAUCAGUAAAGAAAACGUGCACAGAAUCAGAUGUUUCAGAAUCUCAGAAUUCCAGAUCUAUGGAAAUGCAGGACCUAGCAAGUCCUCACCCUCUGGUUGGAGGUGGUGAUACUCCUGGUAGUUCCAAACUGGAGAAAACGAAUCUCAGCAGCACAUCAGUCACCACAAACGGGACAGGAGUGUCUCUCCUUGCAGUCAAAACAGAGCCUUUGAACAGCAGUGAAACCACAACCACGACUGGAGAUGGAGCGCUUGACACAUUUACUGGGUCAGUAAUAACAAGUAGUGGCUAUAGUCCCAGAUCAGCACAUCAAUAUUCCCCACAACUGUAUCCUUCCAAGCCCUAUCCACACAUUCUUUCUACACCAGCAGCUCAAACUAUGUCUGCCUAUGCAAGCCAGACUCAGUAUUCGGGGAUGCAGCAGCCAGCCGUCUACACAGCCUACUCUCAGACUGGACAGCCCUACAGCCUGCCCACUUACGACUUAGGCGUGAUGUUGCCAGGCAUUAAGACCGAGAGUGGACUUUCACAAACUCAGUCCCCGUUACAAAGUGGGUGCCUCAGUUACAGCCCAGGGUUCUCAACUCCACAACCAGGGCAGACACCUUAUUCCUACCAGAUGCCAGGUUCUAGUUUUGCACCGUCCUCUACUAUUUAUGCAAAUAAUUCAGUUUCCAAUUCAACAAAUUUUAGCAGUUCACAACAGGAUUAUCCAUCUUAUACAGCCUUUGGCCAAAACCAGUAUGCACAGUAUUAUUCGGCAUCAACAUAUGGCGCAUAUAUGACAUCAAAUAGCACAGCUGAUGGCACAUCAUCCUCCACCUCAACCUACCAACUACAGGAAUCACUCCCAGGACUGACUAGUCAACCAGGUACAGAUCUUCAUCCAGGAGAGUUUGACACGGUGCAGAGUCCCUCAACACCUAUCAAAGAUCUUGAUGACAGAACUUGUAGGAGUUCUGGGUCAAAGUCCCGAGGAAGAGGCCGGAAAAAUAAUCCUUCCCCACCUCCUGACAGUGACCUAGAGCGUGUAUUUGUCUGGGACUUGGAUGAAACCAUCAUUGUUUUUCACUCACUACUUACAGGAUCUUAUGCUCAGAAGUAUGGCAAGGACCCCCCUAUGGCUGUGACUCUUGGACUCCGAAUGGAGGAAAUGAUUUUUAAUCUUGCUGAUACACAUUUGUUUUUUAAUGAUUUAGAGGAGUGUGAUCAAGUUCACAUAGAUGAUGUUUCUUCUGAUGAUAAUGGGCAGGACUUAAGUACCUACAGUUUUGCAACUGAUGGCUUCCAUGCAGCUGCAAGUAGUGCAAACCUUUGUUUGCCAACAGGUGUGAGAGGAGGAGUUGACUGGAUGAGGAAGUUGGCUUUUCGUUACAGAAGAGUAAAAGAAUUAUACAACACCUACAAGAACAAUGUCGGAGGUCUCCUUGGCCCUGCCAAGAGAGAUGCGUGGCUGCAGUUACGGGCAGAGAUUGAAGGUCUAACAGAUUCCUGGUUAACAAAUGCACUUAAAUCUUUAUCAAUUAUUAGUACUAGGAGUAACUGCGUAAAUGUGUUGGUAACAACAACCCAACUGAUCCCAGCACUUGCGAAGGUUCUACUCUAUAGUUUAGGAGGUGCUUUCCCCAUUGAGAAUAUUUACAGUGCAACUAAAAUAGGAAAAGAAAGUUGCUUUGAACGAAUAAUGCAAAGGUUUGGCAGAAAAGUAGUGUAUGUUGUAAUUGGGGAUGGUGUAGAAGAAGAACAGGCAGCAAAAAAGCACAACAUGCCCUUUUGGAGAAUAUCAAGUCACUCAGACCUCUUGGCUCUACAUCAAGCACUGGAAUUAGAGUAUUUGUAACUGUUCUCUAGCUGGAGAUCCGUUUUUAUAUUUCAAGUACACUGAAUUUCUAUGUGUGAUUCAAUGCCUCUGGCUUUACACAUACAAAUUGUCUUAAAGGAUGAAAUCAUAAUUUGGAAUGAAAAUUCCUGAAUGAAGAAUUCAGUUGCUGAAUGGAAUUAAAGUUUAGUGCUACAGAAAGGAAGCUCUAUGGUCUUAUAUUUACAACACUUUAAUGGUUUAAAAAAAAAUCUGUGGAGGUUGCUGGUACACACCCAUUGAGUCCUAACUGGAAUUAACAGCUUUAGCAAAGAACUUUUAACCUGGCAAAGUACCAAUACAUGCUCCAUCUGACAAGGUGAUGUUCAACAACAUUCCUCAACAUGGGAGAUCUUCUCAGCCCUGAGGUUUGAAUCUGACUUUAGCCUACCUAGCCCAGAGAAUCUGAAUUGGAAUGCACUCGGACUAUCAAAGGACAAGUCUAUCUAGACCUAUAAUUGGUGUAAAUUAUUGAUGAAAAUAAUUUACUGUGACUUUUAUUAGAAGCUGGCUGAAAAUGGAUGCAAUUUUUCUUUCAUUUGAUGGGGAGGGAUACGGGAAGGGCAAUGGGAAUCUAAUAUUGUCUCUUUUUUAAGUUUGGCAAGCAGAAUGUUCAUACUGAUGUGUUGUGCCUUAAAGACAAGACAGCGUUUGUGUGUUACAAUGUAACUUUGGUUAAAAAUCCCUGUAGAUAAUGGAAACAAAAAAGCGUUUUUUUGAUCAUUCUUAACAUGACCAAAUUUAAAAUUCAAGCUAUCAAAACUCAAUACUGCACCAUCAAGAAAUUAUUUGUUGCGAUAAGAAAAGUCAUAAUAAAGGCAAUCUUGUGUUUUAUUUGGGUUCUGAAUAAUUCCAAUAAUUGUAUGAGGCAACUACUUGUGUAUCCAACCAUAAGCAGAAUGUUUGAGAAAGACUGUGGGACCUUUACUUAGAAAGUGAAGUAUAUGUUGAAGUCUCGAGUACUCUUUCUAGACUUUUACUGGGGAAAAUUAAGAGCCAUAUUCGUGACAUUUUGCACUGUUUUAAGUUUGACUUUUUGAUAUGUUUAAGUUGUGUAAGGAGAAUUUUUUGAGUGAAAAUCACAAGCAAACACUACCAAAAUACUCUUAGAACAUGCCAUAAACAACUUAAAAUUCACAGUGAGGUAACAUGGCUUAAAAUAAAGAUGACGGACAUUUAUAAAACCCAAGGUCAUGGUGAAAAUAAAACAUCCUUAAUAAUGAAAAGCAGAUGCUAUAUAUUGGUUCCAAAGAAAAAAAUUGGGUCAGUUAGAAUUUUACCUGGAAUAUCAUCAAAAAAUAAGUGAUCAAAUGAACCAAAUCUGGACAGCAUCACUGAAAUCACAACAGUGAAACAGUACCUGGGUUUCAGGUUAACAUACAAAUCCAGGCUCUCUUCAUCACAGACUCGCCUCCCUUAGUUUCUGCCUGUACUGUUGCUGCACAGAGGGCGACAUGCAUUCAAGGAGAACCUGCCGUCUUUGUGUUUGCAUGUGUUUUUAUCCUUGGUAUAUAUAACCCAUCUUAGGAACACAGUACUGGUUCUCCUGUCAUUUCGUAUGACAUAGCUUCCUUAUGGAAACUUAAGACUUCAUUACCUGGGAGCUGUUUAAUUGUAUCUGCACCAGAAGUUCCAUGGGUAGUGGCAAUAAUGUGUAACUUGGAGUCCAGCAGCUAAGCAGGGUUCCUGACCAGAGGCCGGUCUAUAACAAUUCAUUAUAAUAGACUUCAAUAGCUUCAAUCACAUCGGUGCUUGGCAUAGAAUAUUCACUAUGGAAAUGAAAUAUUUUCCAGACUGUAAACCUCUUUUUCUUAACUGAAUACUAAGGCCAUGUUUAUGUUGAACAGAAAGAGAUUGAGAUCCAGUGUUGUAUAAGAUUGUGAUUUUCUUUUUUCACAAUGAACUUUGACCUUAAUUUUUAAUUUUUGGUGUUUUGGCAACCCCAAGUACUAUUGUGAGAAAAGUACGUUGGAAUACUUUUAACAAUAAUGAUGUUGAUGAUGAUAAAUCAUAUUCUUAAACUGACCUUUAUAUUGAAAAUAAUAGUUGAAAAUUUAAAGAGCUGCAUUGAUUAUCAGUUCUUAUUAUAUGGUGUGCACUAAUACCUUAAGUAUUUAUUACUGUGAAUAAAAAAUCUUUACUGUAUAGACAGUUUUUUAAAUGGUAGAAUUGUGGAAUUACACCUAAAUUUCUCAUUCUUUUUCAUAUCAAAAAAGCAAGGCUUCUUGUGCUGCUAAUCCUGCAGGUGGAGAAAGGAACAUCCCUUCAUAAGACAAAGAAAAAAUGUCACUGGUUGCACGAGUCAGUGCUGUUUCUCACAUUUUCUCUUAUUAUUUUUUAGAAGAGACUCACAGCAUGAAACCAAAAUGCUCAUUUUAUGAAGGACAUCAAAAUCUGGCACUGUAGUGGCACAGGCCCAGAAGCCAGUGUCACAACUUGUCAUAUGGCUUUUGAGCAUGUAACUUUAGUUCUGUUCAAACCAGAACUCUUCCCUUCCCCUCUUGGAAACAGAAGAUCCUCCUCCUUUCUGAUCUUAAAUCCAAAAAUCCAACCAAUGAACAACAACAACAACAACAAAACAGCCCUUUUGACAAUUCCUAUAUAAUUCUGAAAUACAGAGAAUAUUGUGCCUUAUUGUAAACUAGCUUGGAAAUGUGUGACUAACGUGAGUCUUUGCUACUAUAUAAACAAACGUGGUACAUUACUAAGAAAGGUAUAACAUCUGAAAUAAUUCAAAAACAGGUGGCGUGGCUACUAUUUGAUAGUGUAGAAGAGUAAGUCAGAAAGUUUGUAAACCAAAAUCAGAGGCAAAAAAAAACCACACCAAAAUUAGAAUCAUGCGGGCAGUUUGUGCACAUAAAGCAGGUAAUGACUCUCUAAAUAUGUUUUUCCUUAGUCUGUGGUGAGCUAAGAUUCAAAAUAGUGUCAACAGCAUGCUCCAGUAUGAAGCUGUUUUUUUUUAAAAAGCAUAUUUGUUAAUGACCAGCCUACAUUAGUAUUUCUUUUAAAAACAAACAAGCAUAAUGAGCCAAAGUUGCAUUUUGAUUCCCAAUUAUGGUAGCAUUAUGAAAACCUCAUCAAGUCAAAGGUUUCUGUCGUGUUAGAAAAGUAUAGAUUAUUGGGGCUUACAUAAUUUAAAGAAAUGUAAAUUAAUAUUAAAAGCUUGUAAAAAUAUGUACAUCUUUACUAUUUCUCAAUAAAUACCUUU